GUUGUGAUAUACUAACGAAUUGAUGAGUUUACAAACAGAAAAAUCGAAAGCACCGUAAUUGCAUACAAGUCAAUAAAGGCUAAAGAAAAGCCGCUCAAUGCAUUUUUUCAUUAAAAACUAAACUUUUUAAACGCAACUUGAAAUGUGCACAUUAUUAAGUAUGUGGUGUUCUAUAAAGAUGUUUGUUGCAAAUAAAAAUAAACAAUAACCUUGAUACAAUGUUAAAUAGACGUCACAAAAACAUGCAUUUAUAACGACGACAACAAUAAAAAUAAAAGCGGUCUUUUACCUUAAAUGUAAAAAUAAAAUUUUUGGAACAUAGAAAUUCGAAAAAGUGAUGACAAAUAAUUUACAAAAACAAAUACAAUAUUCAAAAUAGUAUAUUGUCCAAUCAAAAUUUUGUAUGAAAUACGUAGGAAAAUAUAGGAAACAACAGUAUUUGUUAAUGGUUUAUAAUAAAAUCAUAAUCCUAUUAUAAAAAUAAUUUCUAGCCUUGAAACAAUAGUUAUUUGUACUUGGCGUGGCGUGUCUGGCAUUUAUUUGUUUCGUAAGUGCGCUUGGGAGGAUAGUGAUUGAUUGAGUGUGAGUAGUUUUCUGUGUGCAAUGGAUAAAAGGAGUUAGUUGUGCUGUAAACGAAACACAACUCGAAUAUAGUAAUAGUCAAAAAGGAGAAAAAUAAUAAAAAAGAAAUGAAUAAAACUCGAAAAAUAACUUCAUCAUACACAUAAAUGAAAUAGAACAAAAAAUAUAUUUAUAACGUAUCACUUGGUAGUUGUGUUGUUAUCUUAAAAUAAAAGUAUAAAAAAAUACAAUCACUAUUGAAAUAUUUUAUAAAUCAUCAAACACAAAGCAUUUAUAAUAAUAGUAAAAAACAUACACACAAAAAUACAAAGCUAACAAUUAUGACGGAUGAAUGCAUAUCGACUGUAGAGUACAUAACAAGUGCUACAUUAAAAAUGAACAAUACCCCGCAACAACAACAUGAUGUUUACGACGGGGUUGAUGAAGACGAUACCGUUGGUAGCCACGGAAUUGGCGUAAGAAACAGCAUCGAUAGACCUGAUGCAUUAGGUAUGGGCUGUGAGGAAGGUUCUAAUAAUGUAGUGCAUUCAACAAAUGGCAAAACUGUCUCAGUUUCUGAACUAAAGUGUAUGGUGGCUCGUAUGCCAACCGAACGCAAUGCUGUGGAGUACAAUAUGAACCAUAAAAAACGUGGCUUAGCGUUAAUCUUUAAUCAUGAAUUUUUUGAUAUACCAUCAUUGGAGAACCGUAAAGGCACUAAUGUUGAUUGUGAGAAACUAAAGAAGACAUUUAAAAGUCUAGAUUUUGAAGUAUCAACAUAUAAGGAUUGUAAAUUGCGAGAAUUUCUGGAACAUAUCGACAAGGCUGCUUCACAGGAUCAUAGGGAACACGAUUGUAUUGCAAUUGCAAUACUAACUCAUGGUGAACAGGGCUACUUAUACGCCAAAGAUGUCAUGUACAAAUUAGAUACCAUUUGGCAUUAUUUCUCCGCCAGAGAUUGUCCAACGUUAGCGGGCAAACCAAAAUUGUUUUUUAUACAAGCCUGCCGUGGUGAUCGUUUGGAUCCCGGCAUUAAGCUACAAAAGACUGAAACAGAUGGUGAAACAUCAUCCGAAAUGACUUAUCGUAUACCAGUACAUGCUGAUUUCCUAAUAUCCUACUCAACAAUACCAGGUUUCUAUUCCUGGCGCAAUACUACAAAUGGUUCGUGGUUCAUACAGUCUCUCGUCGAGGAGUUGAGCAAUAAUGGCAAAACCUAUGAUUUACUUACACUGCUAACAUUUGUUAAUCGUCGUGUGGCUAUGGAUUAUGAAUCGUGCGUACCAUCUCGUCCCAUAAUGGACCAACAAAAGCAAAUACCGUGCAUUACAUCAAUGUUAACACGCAUUUUACGUUUCACUGAUAAACCUAAACAAAAUUAAAGUUUCAAAUACUAUUUUUGAAACUUAAAAAUUAUUCAAAUAUAACAACAAACAACAAUGUGUCAUACAAAUUGCGUACAAAUUUACAACAAACGAAAAAAACACACAGUUUUUUUAGAAAUUCUCUUACAACACAAUUGUUAAAUUAAUUUUUUUUUUUAAAUUUAAGAAUUAGAACAAAAUUUUAUUUGAAACAAAAAAAAAAAUAAAUUGCAUUAAUCUUUUGAAAAUUCUAUAAUUUAAUACAAUUUUGUAUUUGCAAACUUUUUUGAAUAUCAUAUUUCAUUCAUUUUGCUUAAACUAUGUAAGUUUAAUUUAGUAUUAACUUGGAACUGAAUUUUUAUAGUGCUACUAUUGUUAUUUUCAAUUUCUGUACUUGCCAUUACACAAACAAGUUCAUCAAACUUUAUUUAAAUGUAUUUUUGGUACAUUUUAUUUAUAUACUUACAACAAUGUGUGUAAGUCUACAAAGUAAUAAUUUUUCUAGAAUUUUUUUUUUAAGAAUUAUUAAAUUAUUGUUCAUAUUUUUUAUUAUGAAAAAAAAAACACAUAAUAAUAAUUUCCUGCCUUCCACAAUGGUUGCCAUUUAUUAAUAUUUAAGUUCUGUUAGCUUAAUCCAUUUAACAUUUUCUUAAAUUUAAAACAUUAAAAAAAUAUAUGAAUUCAAAAACUAAACAAA